AUUAUUUUCGUUUCCAUUUUGUUCGUAAAAAGAUGACAUGUAAAGUUUACGCGCGGUCUGAUCUAGUUAAAUGUCAGCUGUUUUUAAUUUUCAUUUUCACCUGGGUGUUUACUGUCGCUAUCAUUUUUAUUCACAUGCACUAGCCACAGUGAUAACAAACAAACAAACAAAAACGCUUCAGCAGUUUAUACUCCACACAAUUGAAUCAUGACAGCUAUUAACAGAGAGAAAGCCAGACCAUCGUCCACACAAGACACGGACAAAUGUGUGCAUACCGCUUCCAGCCUAGGAUUGUGUCAAUGCAAAAGGGAAAUGGAACAGAAAUUUCAAGAUUUUAAGAAGCUUACUGGUGACAUAUUUAAGGAACAAUUGCAAGAGAAGUUAAAUGAAAAAACGAAGAAAUUGGAAACUUUUUCUGAUAACUUAAUCCGGGAAAAUGUUAGGUUAAGAAAAGACAAUGACAACGUUGACGCUCUGCGGAAACUUCACGACAACGUUUCUAGACAAGUUUCAAUACACGAGACACUUAUAGAUAAACAGAAAAAAGAUAUUUCAACCCUUCAAUCUGCAGUCAACGGUCUUACCGAACAGAACAAAGAACUUCAGGUCGUAGUCACAGAUCUCACCGAACGAAACAAAGAACUACAGGUCGUAGUCACAGAUCUCACCGAACGAAACAAAGAACACACUGAUCGGAACGAAGAACUUACUGGAAACGAAAAACUUCAAGUCACAGUCAACGAACUUAAAGCCGUUUUGAAAGAAUUACAAAGUAGAAUGACAGUUGUUGAGGACAAGGUUCGAUGAACGACAAAGAGAGACCAAGCAGGAAAUGUAACGAAAGUAAUUUAAAUACUGAAUCAAUUACAGCUGAGUACUAAGUUUU